AAAAAAUCCCCUAAAGUGAGAAAUGAAAGCCCUAAUUGUGUAAAGGCUCUUCUGUAUUCACUGCAUAUUCUGUGUAAUUUCUUUCUUUCUGAAGGCUACAGUCAAAGAUUUCACACCAUGUUCUCUGUAAUUUGUGGUAUUAUAAAUUGGGUUAGCAAGAGGAAAAGAGUGAUGAUCGAUGAAGAAGAAGAGCAGCAGCAGCAGCAGAAGAAGAAGAAGCAAAAAAAGAUUUCUUCAUCUUCUUCUCCAUAUCUUCCUCAGGAAUUAGUAGUGGAGAACAUUUUGACCAGAUUAUCAGUUCGGGAUGCACAGCUCGGUUCACUUGUGUCAGUAAGUACUGGUACAAUUCUAUUGUUAAUGACAAGGGAUUUGCUAGGUCUCAUUUAGCUCAUCAACAGAAGAAGAUGAAUAGCACAAAUUUAUCCUUUAGUCUCCUUAACGUAGAUGAUAAUCAUGAUUAUGGGAUAGCAAAUUACUUUUUCAAUUUACAAAAGGAUAGCCAUAAUCAACAUGAUAGCAAUAUUAAUUUUUACAAUUUUGAAUUAAUAAUGGGAUCAGAAUCACCACUAGUAGCGUAUGAAUCAGUAGGUAACUGUAAUGGUUUAGCUUGUGUGAAACGGGCGAGUCAACCUGGUUAUUACGAUGAAGAAAUUACUGUCAUUAAUCCAUUUAGGAGUGAAACACUUACCCUCAUUACUGAGAUUGGGGGAGGAGGAGGAGGGGGAUCAUUAGAACAUUUAUGUCAAGGUUUUGGUUUUGAUUCAUCGUCACAAGAAUAUAAGGUUGUACUUAUUUAUACAAAAACCUCUGAAAUCUCACCACCACCAGGUUGUUCUCCUUUUCCAAGUCGAAUGGUGACAAGAAUUUGGAAAAAUACACAUAAAUCAGCCACCAUUGUGGGGGUGAUCUUUUAUGGAGGGUAACUAAUACUUGUGAUGGUGGCAUUGAGACCGAAAUGUUGCUCUUGUUCGACAUUCGUAAUGAGAAAAUUCAGCUCAUUCGACUCCCAACUAGAUGUAAUUCUCUGGUCCGGGCGAUAUAUGAGGAUGCUUAUUUAGAGGUUGUUCAUCAUCUUUUGGAGUUUAAAGGAUAUCCUUGUGUUGCACGUUCCGAAAAGAUAAUGAUGACCGAGAGAGUACACCCUCGCCGUUGUAAGACUAGAUUUUGUGGUUACGGUUUUAAGGUCCAUCUGUAUAUAUUGAAGGACAAAGUCAAGCAGAAGUGGAUAGAGGAGGAAACUUUUGAUGUUAAAAUGAAGGAGAACAGCGUAUUACAAGAUCCCUUUUGUCGUUUCUUUGGCUAUUCUACUAAUGCUAAUACUGGUAACAAUCAUCCUACACGUAUAUUCAGUUUCUCUGAUCAGUUGAUGUUGUAUUGGUUUGAUGGGGGAUAUCUUAUAUUCUACAACCUGCAAAUGAAACAUUAUAACGUGGUAGAGGGCACCCGCUCCUGUAAUGAGGAAAAUCGUGCUAUUUUUGAGGCUAAGAUGUCAGGGAUCGCCCCAGACCCUGGUAUUUGUGAGGAUGAUGAUACUCAUUGCCCCUGCUCUGACUAUCAGCUGCACGCGCAAAUGGAAAACAUCAUUUCACUAACAAAGUUCAUUCCUGAAGGAGUCAAAGUUGCUGAAUUUGAUUGUAUCGAUUCUAUCGAAGACUGGAUGCUGUUCAUUCCUGAAGGAGUCAGAGGAUGGGUGACUAGACCCUAUUCGCUUGAAGGUUGAAGCAAUAUACGGUACAAAUUUAAUAGGAGUCUCAGAAACUGAAAAAUAUGACAUCUCAUUCGUAGCCGUUUCGAUCGAGGAAUCACAUUUCAUUUCGGUUAGGUUGCUUAUAUUUUGUACUUUUGAGAUCUCUUAUGUCUAAAUCUGGGCAACUUGGUGUUUCAUGGUUGUGAUGAUUAAGCAUGAGAUUGAAAUACAAGGGAAGAAGGUGGGGAUUAUAUAGGCGAAGAAUGAAGCGCGCAUCUCAGUGCUAAGUCUGGUACAUUGUUUACGCCUUGUGCAGGAGGAAUCUCUUUUUGCUACUCUACUAAUUUCAUACUGUACUAAAUAUUUGUUGCAGUUUAACAUUUAGAAUUUUGGUCGUGUCGGCAUGUAGUGGCGGUUUACAAAUUUGAUACAUUAAGUUCUUUUUUGAUUAAUUUUGGGAGGAAUAAAUGUACCAGGUCAGUCUAUGGUGA